AUGGCGAACGGGUGGCCCGCGGAAAAGGUUUUUGGGGACGUCAUGUCCUACACGUAUGACGAUAUUAUCUGCUUGCCUGGGUAUAUAAACUUCCCAAUGAGCGAAAUCGACCUGUGCAACAACUUAACUCCGGACAUAUCUCUGAAGACCCCCUUCAUAUCCUCCCCCAUGGAUACGGUGACGGAGCAUAAAAUGUCCAUUUCGCUAGCUCUCUGUGGUGGACUAGGUAUCAUCCACAAUAAUAUGAGUAUAGAGAACCAAAUAGAAGAAGUGAAAAAGGUGAAGCGAUUCGAAAACGGGUUCAUAUUCGAUCCGUAUACAUUUUCCCCAGAACACACAGUGGCAGAUGUAAUCGCAACGAAAAAUAAAGUUGGCUAUAAGUCAUACCCCAUAACAGUAGAUGGAAAAGUGGGUUCAAAAUUAGUUGGAAUAAUUACAGGGGUAGACUAUCUCUACCUCACAGAUAAAACGAGAAAAAUAAAAGACAUCAUGACAACAGAUGUCGUUACGGGAAAUUACCCAAUCAAUUUGUCAGAUGCAAAUAAAGUUCUGUGUGAAGAAAAAAAAAGCGUCCUACCAAUUGUAAAUAGCAAUUAUGAGUUAAUAGCUCUUGUGUGCAGAAACGACAUGCACAAGAAUAAAAUAUUCCCGCAUGCAUCUAAAAGCCAAAAUAAGCAACUCAUCGUAGGAGCGUCCAUUUCGACGAGAGAACAUGAUUUGGAGAGAGCCGACCAGCUCAUAAAAAAUAUGAUAGACAUAAUUUGCAUAGACUCCUCUCAAGGGAAUAGCAUAUACCAAAUUGAUACCAUUAAAAAGAUUAAAGGAGCUCACCCACAUAUCCCCAUAAUUGGGGGAAAUGUGGUUACGUGUGAUCAAGCCAAAAAUUUAAUAGAUGCAGGAGCUGAUGUGUUGCGAAUUGGUAUGGGUAGUGGUUCUAUCUGUACUACACAAGAUGUAUGCGCCAUUGGAAGAGCACAAGGAACAGCUGUCUACCAUGUAAGUAAUUAUGCACACACAAGAAAUAUUAAAACGAUUGCUGAUGGGGGGAUCAAAAAUUCUGGAAAUAUUGUUAAAGCUCUAUCCAUCGGUGCAGAUUUCGUUAUGAUGGGUAACCUCCUAGCCGCAACGGAAGAAAGUUGUAGUGAUUACUAUUUUGAAAAUAAUGUGCGUCUAAAAAUUUACAGAGGAAUGGGUAGCAUGGAGGCCAUGUAUAACAAAGGAUUCAAUUCGAAAAGUAGAUACCUUGUGGAGGAACGAAAAAAUGAUCCACUCUGUGAUCACAAUGAAGAAAUAAAAGUUUCGCAAGGGGUAUCAGCUAGCUUAGUGGAUAAAGGAUCUGUUCUAAAUUUGAUUCCCCAUCUUGUUAAGGCUGUUAAGCAUGGCUUCCAAAGCAUGGGUAUUAAGAGCAUCCCUGAAUUGCACUCCAAACUGUACUCGGGGGAUCUGAAGUUUGAUGUGCGCUCCUUCAACACCAUCAAGGAAGGACGCAUAAGCGACAACCUUAUAUUCACCAAUAAGAAGUUCACGCCGUGA